AUGGAGCUGCUGAGCCCCCCACAGGGAAAGGAUCACGCUCAGAACGUCACAGAGAAGGUCACGCAGGUAUGAGGGGUGCUUUCUUUGGAGUCAGACGUCCUUCCUGAAUACAAGCUGCAGGUGCCAGAGACGGCUUGGUGGAUCCUGCUUCACUACAGCCCCUUCAAAGCGUUUUGGGACUGGAUUAUUCUCCUCCUGGUCCUCUACACAGCUGUUUUUACUCCGUACUCAGCAGCCUUCCUGCUGGACGAACAUGGCAACCUACGGCAAAGGAGAUGUGGCUACACCUGUAACCCUCUGAAUGUAGCGGACCUCAUGGUGGACGUGCUAUUUAUUGUGGACAUAAUCAUUAACUUUCACACUACGUAUGUGGACCACAAUGACGUGGUGGUCACGCAGCCGAGCCGGAUAGCCAAGCAUUACAUCAAGGGCUGGUUUCCGAUUGAUCUGCUUGCAGCGACACCCUUUGACCUUCUCAUGUCCCGAUCUGGGUCUGAUGAGAUGGUGACCUUAACAAGCUUGCUGAAAACAGCUCGGCUUCUGAGGCUGGUCCGCGUGGCCAGAAAGCUAGACCGAUAUUCUGAAUACGGGGCUGCUGUCCUCUUCUUGCUCAUGUGCACCUUUGUGCUCAUCGCCCACUGGCUGGCCUGCAUCUGGUACGCCAUUGGCUUUGUGGAGAGGCCAUACACAGAGACCGGCUGGUUAGACAACCUGGCCGAACAGGUAGGGAAGGCGUACAAUGAAAGUGACGCCACCUCUGGCCCGUCGGUAAAGGACAAGUACGUCACAGCCCUCUACUUCACCUUAAGCAGUUUGACAAGCGUGGGGUUUGGAAACGUCUCGCCAAACACCAACUCUGAGAAGAUCUUCUCCAUCUGCGUCAUGGUGAUUGGAUCUCUUAUGUAUGCCAGUAUCUUUGGAAAUGUGUCUGCUAUCAUCCAGAGGCUUUAUUCUGGCACGACCCGCUAUCACACCCAAAUGCUGCGGGUCAAAGAGUUCAUUCGCUUCCACCAAAUUCCUGGUGGUCUUCGCCAACGACUGGAGGAGUACUUCCAGCAUGCCUGGUCUUACACAAAUGGCAUAGACAUGAAUGCUGUCUUGAAGGGGUUUCCGGAGUCCUUGCAGGCAGACAUCUGUUUGCACCUAAAUCGCUCUUUGCUGCAGAACUGCAAGGCUUUCUGUGGAGGGAGCCAAGCGUGUCUGAGGACCUUAGCUAUGAGGAUCAAGACAGUCCAUGCACCUCCAGGGGACACUCUGAUCCACUAUGGAGACUUCCUGGACUCUCUCUUCUUUAUCUCACGUGGUUCCAUCCAAGUCAUGAAGAAUUAUGUUGUUGUAGCUUUAUUAGAAAAGAAUGACAUAUUCGGCGAGCCUAUCCACCUGUAUGAUGAGCCGGGACGGUCCAACGCAGACGUGUACACCAUCACCUACUGCGACCUCCAUCGGAUUCCGAGGGAAGACCUUCUCGACGUUCUGGAUAUGUACCCAAGCUUUGCAGACAACUUCUGGAGAAACCUGGAGAUCACUUAUAACCUGCGAGAUCAGACUGAUCAAAUGCCUCCAAUAAUCACUGAUGAAUCUGGGGAGGAUGAUGAAUAUCGCCACAAACCCAGGCACAAAGUCCACUCCCUUGACUGCAGAAUAAGACCAGAUGGAAUCGAUCAUGAAGACACGUACCCUCAUCGCUCCUGCCAUCACUCACCUCCUCAGGCCAGCUGGGAGGACCCCUGGAGCUGUGACUCCUCCUGUUCUCGGUCCAGUGAGGGUCUGUCGAAGCCCAACACUCAAAGCUCCAGACUGGAGCAUUGUCCCACUGAAGAUUCCAGUCGGCAAUAUUCCCCCUCUGUGGCUCUACAGCUGCCUCUAAGUGGCGCUUCGGUGGGGAGGGACCAGAGUCAACAAGGUUCACCCUUGGAUCUGCCAGGAAUGUAUCGAUACUGGCCAGUACAGCAACAGGUUUCCAGUCAUGUUUUAUCCUCCUCCAUCGAUAACCCAAACGCCCCACCACUGAUCGCAGAGGAGAGGCCAAGUGAGCUUGAAUCUCAACUUGAAGUUCUCCAGUCACAGCUUAACAGGCUGGAAACUCGUAUGACGGCCGACAUCAACGUCAUUCUCCAGCUUCUACAGAGACAGAUUGCUCCAGUUCCCCCAGCAUACAGCACCGUGUCACCCAGUACGCUGCCCAUUGACUCAUCUUCUCUGUAUGGGACUGGGGCUCCAGCAUUGCACAGCAUUUAUCCAGAUUCCCCAGAUCAGAUGGACAGCAAGGUAUCCAAACAGAUAUUGGACCAGGUGGAUCUUAAAUCCUCUAAGAAGUCUCAGGAGUCCUUAUCCAGUGGCAUCCACAUGACAGCAGCCUCUGAUGACACCACGUUUAUGACUGUCACCCCUGAAACUGAGACUUGUGUUGGUUUAACCUCCUCGUUAACACAGAAAAUCCCCAAAUCAGUACCUGAACCCCACUCUAGACUGUGUGAGACUGUCCGCUACCCCUCUUUACCCGUGAACCUGGACCUGACCACAGGACGGGCUGAGAUCCAGAAACAUACCUCAGACCCGGUGCUGCCUGCAACCUGAUUGGUCGGCUUCACCUGGAAAGGACUCAAAGUUUCUCUCAGGUUUUUGGACAGAAGUCAUACAAGAAAUCUACCCUGUUUUGUUUCCAGCAGCUAUCGGUCAACACGUGAAAGGAAAAAUUACAUGCAGUGCCUUGUAAAGGUGCCAUUAGUGUUUUCAUGUAACAACCUCAAGCUUUGUUUGGAUUUA